AUGGAUAAAAUCGAUCAACUCAAGAAAAACAGAGACUUGUUACAGGAAGCCUUGGACACCGGUUUCGAACAGGCAAAUGCCGUGAUUGAAAAGGAGUCACCAACGAAAUUCGAACUGUCAAAAGUUGAAGCAUGUUCAACAGAAAUCGACGAAACGUUCGUCAAGUUACAAAGUCUAAACGUGGAAAUAGCGAAACUAGUUACAAAACAGAAGGAAGAUGACCUAACCAAAGAGGAAAUCUUACAAACGAAACAGAGGAAUAUAGACAAUCGAACUAAACUAGUGCACGUGAGUAAGUUUGUAGAAUUACAGUCCAAGAAAACGGUCGCAAAGCCAGCGACAGUCGACGCGCCAGCCGCGUCAGUACCCAAAACAGCGCAACUGCCACAGUUGAAAUUACCGACAUUCGAUGGGACUUACACAUCAUGGAAAUCCUUUUGGGACACGAUUGAAGCAGAUGUUCUCAGUGCUAACUAUGCGGAUAUCACGAAAUACAAUUAUAUCAAGGGACAGUUAACGGGCUCAGCGACAGACGCUGUUGCUGGUCUUCAAGCUUCAGGGGAAAACCUGAAAGUACUGGUAGAAAUCUUGAAAGAACGUUUCGGACAACCCCGAAAAAUCAUUCGAUCACAUGUGAAUAACCUCUUAGAAAUGCCAGGGCCUGCAGGACAUUAUAAUGCUCUCCGCGAAUUCCACAACCGAGUAAUGGGGGACAUACGGUCCCUAGAAAACCUCAACGUCGAUAUCUACAAAUGCGCUCCGUUUAUUGUUCCAAUCAUCGAAAAGAAGUUACCGAAAUUCUUCCGGGAAAAAAUGGGAACCUCAGGGCAACAGGAUGCUUUUGACUUAAAGCGAUUCAUGCAGUCUUUCUCGGAACAGCUUGAAAACGUUGGAGAACGCGCAGAUGCUCCUCCACAGUCGGAUAUCAGUCAUAGGAAAAGUACGCAGAAUCAGAAUCGAAACCUGAACGGGAGUAAAGUUUCAUUGGAUUCGUUUGUAAGUGUGCCCGCAGCCAAACUCAAAAUGUGUCAAUUCUGCAACUCCGGUCACAGUUGUUUUGAAUGCACUCUAUCACCAACAAACCGAUACAAUGCCGUUUUCAACAAACGCCUGUGCAGCAACUGUCUUCGAACAUCUCAUAUCGCCAAGGAAUGUAACAACCGCAGCAAAUGCCACACGUGUGGUAAAAAGCACCACACCAGUCUUCACGAAUACUUUGAACAGAAAUACAGAAAUUCAAGUAACACAGGAAUGUGUGCCGUAACCCCCAAGUACUCCGAUGUACGAAAAAUCGAUAUCAAUGAUCACGUGGGAUUUAAAACAACAAACGUAUACUCCAAAAAACGCGCAACCAAUAGGCCGUCCACAGUUCUACUAGAAACAGGGUAUGUUACCUUACAGAAUAAAGGGAAGGAAGCCACAGCAGGAGUGCUGAUUGAUAGAGGAAGCAUGUCCUCUUACAUUCGCAAAGAUACAGCACAAAAGCUUCAACUCAACCCGGUGCGUUCCCAAUCCAUAAGUGUUAAUGGCUUCGGAGGCCACUCUUCAAAACGGCAAUACGACAUUGCAAAUGUUGAAAUUGCAACCACUGACGGCAUCAAAAUAAUUGAAGUUCUCAUCACCGAUGAAAUAGUCAACCCCAUCAAUCAACGAGGAUGGAAUACAUGUAAGGAGUACCCAUACAUAGCGAACAUUGAAAACAAGUUAGCAAAUAACUUUAGUGCCGAUGAAUUCACCGUGGACAUCAUGAUUGGAUGUGAUCAUGCCUUCCAGUUCCUUGAAAAUCGUCUAGUGAAAGGGGACGGGCCGACAGUACAGUAUUCAAAUUUGGGAUGUUUUGUGUCAGGACCACUGUUUCCCGUUAAAAUCGAACACUCCGUGAUUACAUCAGCAGAUCGAAUCAACACAACCGCAAACGAACAUAUCAUCGAGGACAAUGAUCCCGAGAUACAAUCACUUGAGGAAUUCAUCAACAGCAGCACUCUUCAGCCGACGGAUGAAAAUGACACUGAUUUCGAUGAACAGUUUAAAUCGGACUUCAUGCAAAAAAUCGAGUUCAAGGAUGGGAACUAUUCGGUUCCGUUACCAUGGAGACCAGACCACGCGGAACUACUCACUAACAGAAGGGAAUGCGAAGCCAGGCUACGUCAAGUCAUGGCAAGAUUACGUAAGUUAAACCUUCUCAACAACUACACCCAAGUAAUGCAGGAAAACCUGGACAAGGGUUUCAUCUCAGAGGGCAGCCCAGAUGACUGUGACACCGGCCACUAUUUGCCUCAUUUUCCCGUACUCCGUGACAGUGAAACAACCCCCCUGAGAAUCGUUUUUGACGCCAGUAGUGGCAGCCCAUCGCUCAACUCAUGCCUUUAUGAAGGACCUAAUAUGCUUCAGGACCUAACUGAACUGAUCAUGCUCUUUCGGACCAAACGGAUUGGUCUGUCCGCAGAUAUCGCUCGUGCCUUUUUAGCUGUGCAUUUGUUAGAAUCGGAGAGGAAGUGGGUUAGAUUCCUCUGGUAUAAAGACAAUGAUGUCUCGAAAGAACUGAUUCCUUAUCACUGUAACACUGUCAUAUUCGGAAAUGUUUCCAGCCCAUUCGCCCUCGCUACCACUCUGCACAAGCAUCUGUCUAGUUACGAUACCCCAGUUGCCAAGGAUAUGAAAACAAAAUUCUACGUUGACAAUCUGUUAACCGGAGUCGAUUCAAAUCAGGAAGCUUUGGAUUACUUCCAGGAGUCUCGUGAGAUCAUGAACCACGCGUCUUUCAAUUUGCGCCAAUGGAGUUCAAACUCGGACACACUCGAUGAAAGAAUCAGAUCGGAAGGAGUACAAACAAAAUCUGACAUUGUAGGGGUACUUGGACUGAAAUGGGAUACCAAAUCUGAUCAGAUUUCAGUCGCGAAAAAGGAUCUCAAAUCAUCAGGAGAACUUUCAAAACGUAAAGUAACAUCUCAGACCGCAUCAAUCUUCGACCCGCUCGGAAUUGUAGCACCGCUGACAGUCCCUGCUAAGUCUUACGUGAACAACCUGUGGAGAGGCAAAAAAACCUGGGAUGAACACUUGUCAAUCACCGAACGGGAAGAAUGGGAAACAAUCAAACAGGAGUCCCUCUCUCUCACGCACAUGCUAUCUAUACCCCGUUGGCUAGGGGGUGACACCAGCAAACCGUUACAAAUCGUAGUAUUUUGUGAUGCAUGUCCCACCACCGCCAUUGGUUGUGUCGCUUACGCUAAACAGAACAAUAAAGUCGCCCUCAUCGGCUCUAAGAACAAAGUCAUCUCGGAGAAAAAUGUCAAUUUCACAGUCCCUAAGCUUGAACUGAUGGCCAUGGUCUUGGGGGUAAAUUAUGCAGAGACCUUGCGAAAUACCUACAUCACGCAGUAUCAGACAAUCGAAGUGGUAUACAGCACUGAUUCAGAGAUAGCGCUUUAUUGGCUCAGAUCCAAUAAAAAACUCAAGCAGUUUGUUCACAACCGCGUGCAAACAAUACGUCAGAAGUCAGACUUGACUUCUUGGUACCAUGUGUCAACCAAACAAAACGCUGCAGACAUCUUAUCACGUGGUGCGACACAUCAGGAAUUGAAGGACUCUUCAUGGCUGCAGGGACCAAAAUGGCUCAAGGAUGAUAAAACCACGUGGCCUUUAACCGCACUUUCCGACCUAACCUUGAACAGUUCCGUCUCUCUGACAGCCGCGUUUGAAAUGCAAAAUGACUUCGUUGUUACAAGCAUGGUCGCAACAACACCUGUCGCAAGUAUCAGCGACGUUAUAGCACAGGACAAGUUCAGUUCAUGGAAUAGACUUCUGAGAAUUACCGCCCUAGUAUCACGCGCUUUCAAACCCGGACUCAAAAACAGGAAUAAACUGUCUGCACAAGAUAUCGCUAACGCGGAAGAAAAAUGGAUUACAAAUCUUCAAAACGAACACUAUAAGCACGUUACGGAUUACUUGAAGUAA